GCCUGCAGAAGAAUUCGGAAACUUUGUUGAGGUUUCCGGCCGUAUGUUGUGAUCUUUCUCCGGUAAUCGGUGUGUUUAUCGUUGUAGUUAUAGGUUAUCCAGGGUUUCGCAGUAGUUUUUGGUAUGAAAUUGGAGGGGCAGUGCUCUUGAUCGAGGCCCGAAGAACCGGGAUAGAAGAACGGAAGUGAGGCCCUGGAAAAGAUGGCUCCUUUCGGUGAAACUGAGGUGGAGCUCCGUGGAGACUUGGCUGAAGAACCUUCUCGGAUCGAUUCUCCAAUUGAGACAGGAGGUGCAGAUCGAGUUCCGGAAGAGAGAGGGAGUGUCUCUCCUGCUGAAGCUGUUAACUUUUCUCCCGGGGGUGGGAAAGCUAAUGGGGAUUUAGUUGGAGGAGAGUUUUCGGUUGAUUCGCCUUUGAAUCCGAGUGGAUCUCCUUCGAGCGUGGCGGCCUCUGCGAAGGGUUAUGGAUUGAAGAAGUGGCGGAGAAUUAGGAGAGACACGAGUAAAGAUGUAACUGGCAAUGCUGAUCGUACUAGUAAGUCAUCGACGGCUGCAAGUGCACCAAGGCUGCAGCAUGAAGUGAUUGGUUUUUUGAGGGACAGAAGCAGGGCAAGAAACAUUGGUGGAAAAGGACCGGGGCAUGAUGUACAAAAAAGAGGUCAAUGGGCAAAACGAGGCAAAACCGAUGCUGGUAAGAAGAUUCGAGAAGACCAAGUUAAAAACGAGACAGAGAACUUCUAUUCAAGCAUCGAAUCUGACUUGAUGAGUUCGAACACUGCUUUUCUACAUAUGGACAGCAUGGCUAGUAAUGGGAAGCAAAGUGAGAAAUAUGUAAAUUAUGAUGGCGACGAUGCUCAGCCAAGUGAGGAAGUAAGAUCAUGUUUCUACAAGGACAAUGGGGGAGUUGGAGCUUUGUUGAGGGAAGAUCUAGAAACCAAUCGGUCAGGAGAGAAGAAUUAUAAUAAAUUUGAGAAUAUUCAUCCAGGGUCAGAUCUUGAUCCCUUUUUAGAGUCAAUUGUUUCUCUGCAAGCAACAAAAGAAGCAUUAGAAAAUGAAAUCCGUAACUUUGGGGAAAUUGGGAAAGUCAUGAUAUUUGAUGAUGCAAAUGGCCAGUAUGAAGAAACAGAAGGAAUUAGUUCCCCAGCUGUUGAAGCCAAUUUUGUUGACCUAAAUCAGAAGAUAGAGCAGCUGGAAUGCAAGUUAGGAGAAGCUUUAACCAGUGUCAAAGCCAAGGAAUCGAAGGUACUCGAGCUUAAAGCAAUUCUUAGCAGGACAGGGUGGCCAAACAAGGACAUAGAUAGCACCAACAUAUCAAGCCUCCAAGAGAAGUGCAAGGAGAUGGAGAUCGAGUUGGAGAACUUGCUUGUCAAGAAGAUAGAGGCGGAAAUUGAAUAUUUGGUCCUUACAAUAACUACUCAAAGUUGGAAAGUCGUAGCAGAAGAUCACAUUGCUUCUUUAGAGCAGCAGAGAACUUUAUCUGGGGAUAAGCCAAAGGCUACGCAUAAAGUGAAGUAUGCUGAAAACGAGACUGUCAUUUUCAGGGGAGUAACUGAGGAACUAGAGAAGGAUCUGUCAGAGACCAAAGAGGUUUUGAGGUUGCAGGGUAGAGUAUUUAAGUACUCUGUUUGCUGUUUUGUCCAGAUGGUGAUCUUGUGUAUUGCCUUUGAGUUGUUUCUCUUGCACCUAUUGCCCUCAUCUAGUGGGGUCACACCCACGUAAUUUAGGAGUAUCGACCCAAUUUACUUCUGAUGUAUUGUAAGAUACCUCUGUGCACUAGGCUCUAAAGAGAAGAAGAAAGUAGUAGUUUGUUUUAAGAUA